AUGGCAGCCGAUGACAAAAUGUCGCUGGUCUCCCUCGCUCUCAUUAUUUGCGCAUUCAUCUUCCUGGCUAUUCCCACCGAGGUAACAGCAGAGGAUGAGGCUGUUGAUCUACCGGAUCGGAAAGUCUCGAUUCAGAUUCCAGCUGGUGACGAUGACAGGAUAGGUGCAAUCCUACUACUCCUGUUUGGGCUCGUUGUGGGAUCCUGGCUGACAUAUUGGUUUACCGGAGAUUCGACGAAGGUCCCACAUACCUUCUUCUCCAAACGAGCCAUCCACAGGAACCAAAGCCCUACCCGGUUAAAAGAGAGAUAUCUUUGCUUUAGGGCUGGUGGUCGGUUAGGAAACCAAAUGUUCGGUUAUGCGUCGGCGUUCAGCAUAGCGAAGAACAAAGGAAUGCAGCUUGUGUCCAGUACCAUACUACGGCAAUAUUUCAUUUUGUCUUCGUCUUUCGAAACGGAUUUGGAUCUCUGGGGCAAUGAGUGUGCUCAGAUGGCAAUUUUGCGCGAAAAUGCGAGCACCUGCAACGCAGUCGACAGCAAAAUGCAGAAAAUAAGUGGAAAAAAGUCCCUACAUAUCUCAGGCUGCUUGAGAUCGUGGAUAUACCUGACUGGACACGAAACGGAAAUUCGCAGGGAGUUCACAUUCAGGGAUUUUAUCCAAAAGAGGGCAAGGAAAGCUUUGGAUGGUGCCCUGCAAGACCACUCUAUUGCUGGACGUGUGCUCGUGGGUGUCCAUGUUCGCCGGGGAGACCGUCUUCACAUUCAUGCGUUGCCUGUACCGGAGAAGAGCUAUUUCAGGAAAGCCAUGAACUUUAUGCGAGCGAAAUUUAAAGGUGCCAUCUUUGUUGUGUGCUCUGAAGAUAUUGGUUGGGCCAAGGAAGCCCUCUUCACGUCUGACACUGUGUUUGUAGAUACCGGUGAAGCCGCUGUAGAUUUCGCGGUGUUGACGAUGUGUAAUCACACAAUCAUGUCCGUCGGGACGUUCGGCUGGUGGGCUGCUUGGCUGGCCAAUGGGACAACAAUAUACUACACGCACGCGUUUCGACCUGACACAGGCUCUGCGCGCCACACAGUGAUGAAAGAGUACAUGCCACCACAUUGGAUAGCCAUGGAUUAGGGGUGACAACUCUCCAGAGUUGGGAGAUUCCGGAGAGAGAAAGAAACCCUUGGAAAGCUAUUAACAAUAAAUAUGUACAAAAAAAGAAAGAUAACAAUAAAA